AUGGGAUCACUCCGGAAGCUCUCUCUCUACUCCAAUUUUUACUGGGGGUUUUAUCCCAAACUCAGUCUCGAAAGUAUUCAUUGCCCAAAUUUACAGUCGCUCACCUUGGGAAACUUUUGUUUUUUCGAAGACCAGCAGGUCGACUGGAUUCUGUCCCACUCAUCAACCCUUGAAGAACUUCAUCUUGACGAUUGUCCGAUUUUGUUCCGAGCGAGAAUACUGAAUGACGAAGACCAGCUUGCCAAGUGUCCGAUACCGAGAUCCAGAAUGAAGUUAUACUCUGAUGAAAGGUGGAGCGAUGCCUGGCACUACCAUUAUCCACGCCAGUGGAAUGGCCAUUUUGCCUCCUUUGAGACAGGUCUUCCACAUCUCCGUCGGUUUGCAAUUGGUCACAAUGGAGCAUGGGAUUCAGAUUCGGGGUAUGGGGUGCCAUUUGAGAAAGAACUGGACCUGGUGCCGGCAUUGAUGCAUGACCGGUACAUGGCAUUUGAUGGUGGUCUCGGACCCUCCCAGUUUCUUUCACCAAGGUGGAACGAUGGAGCGCAGGAGUGGCCACAGUGUGAUGACACAGACCGUGAGGCUUUGAAGGCAUUGUAUUGGAAGAUCAAGCAGCAGGUAGACUAUGGAGAGUUUACUGUAGGAGAUCACGAGGUGGUCGAUUUGGUAGAACCUCAUCCCUGA